CUGUCUACAAUCUUCAUGUGAACUGGAGGGAGAGACAGUACACAAGAGAGGAAGAGAGCACAGAGCCUCAUUUGGUCUAGAGGAAGUCUGCUCGAUUCACUGAGAACUCUGGCUGGCUUCCUUGUGAAAGUGAUGUUGCUGCAGGGGGAAUGACGCGCACAGGAACCUCCCUUACAGCUCCGGGGUUUGUGACUGGGAUUUUCACAGGAUGUAUGGGACAGUGGGGGCAGAGGGGCAGCCUGCAUGAGGGGUCCGCUUUGAAGUUUGUUUGUCCGGUAGUAGCCGAGGCUGGGAAAGGCUCGUCCUCUGAGUGCAGCCCUGUCAUGUUAACCUCUGAAGGGUCACCGCACAGGACAGAGGUCAUGGCGGUUGCAAUGGCAGAGUCUGUGGACGCAGACAUGACAUUGUGGAGUGAGGCCGACUUCGAGGAGAAGUGCACAUACAUCGUGAAGGACCAACCGCUGGAAGAAGUGUCUAAAAACAACAGAAAGACACGAGCCGAGAGGUCCUUGCCCAGGAACUUGGCGCUGAAACGCAGGCUAGGCUGCUUGCAGGUGCUUGGAGUGACCAGCACGGAGUUGAUACCAAAGGGGACGCGCUUUGGGCCUCUGGUGGGGGAAAGAUACACCGACGAAAUGCUGCUGAAAGACGCCAAUAGAAAGUAUUUUUGGAGGGUCUUCUCCCAUGGGACUUUACACCACAUCCUGGAUGGUUUGAAUGAAGAAAAGAGCAACUGGAUGCGAUACGUAAACCCUGCAUGCGGCAUCGACGAGCAGAACUUGAUCGCGUGCCAGAGUGGUCUGGACAUCUACUUCUACACCAUUAAGCCUCUUCUUCCAGGCCAGGAGAUGUUGGUGUGGUACUGCUCGGAACUAGCUCAGCGUUGUAACUACCCACCACUGGGGCAGCUAGCCAUGGACUGUGCUGAGCACCAUCAAUUACAGAAGAAGAUAACAGAGAAACGAGGACACAGCGUGACAGAGAUACUCAGAAAAGAACCCCCAAAACCUCUUACUAGCAUUCACCAACAAAUGGACAGUUCUUCAUCUCAGGGUAACCCCUCAGUUUUCCCAACAGUCUACCCAAUUCAGCCACCUUCUGAAUCUGUCCAUAGAUAUGCAGCUCUGCCACCUCUACCACCUUGUAGUCCUCCGGCUGCCAAAAAAACUGCUUUAAGUAUCCACAUUCCUCCUAAUUUGCACUUCAGUUUCCAGCACAGCCCAGGCCAUGUUCUAGCCAAACCUUACCCAGAACUCUCAGUACACGAUCGGGUUUAUCCUACCUUUAGGCACGCUCCGUAUUUCCUUCCCCACUACUCAACUUGCCCUGACAGAAUUCUACCUCACCCAUACUUGUCGUACCCUGAUCGACUAAAACCCUACCUGACACUCUCCACUCAUUUAAUGCCUUUUGAUGGCUAUGCAAACCUACCCCAUUCAAGAAACAAGAACUUUGCACUUGCACUAACAAAUACCAAAGAAGACCUCAUUACUUCUGCAACUGAGGAUACCAAAAAUGAAAACAACCUCACAUCUCGAAGCGACGAUCUCAAGAUUAUUUCCAAGCAUCCAGAGGAUGCAGACCUCCCUUUACCAUCAACAUCCAGCGUCACAUCUGUGUUCACCAACCAAUGCAAAGCGCAGCCCUCGUUCUUGCCUGGAGGAUGUUCUCCACCACUGGGUACGGCGGCUUCAUUCGACCAUGUCCCCUCAAAACCUACAACGCCCUUGCAAAGCAACACCACACAUGCAAUGGACCUCAGGAAAGGCAAACGAGAGGACCAUGUGACUGGCUACAAGACCUUGUCGUACCCACUCACCAGGCAGAAUGGGAAAAUCCGGUACGAGUGCAAUAUCUGCAGGAAGGUCUUUGGCCAACUCUCAAACCUCAAGGUCCACCUGCGAGUGCACAGUGGCGAGCGCCCCUUCAGAUGCCAAACCUGCAACAAGAACUUUACACAGCUGGCCCAUCUGCAAAAACACUACCUAGUUCACACUGGGGAGAAGCCCCAUGAAUGCAAGGUAUGCCACAAGCGAUUCAGCAGCACUAGUAAUUUAAAGACCCACCAAAGGUUGCACUCCGGCGAGAGGCCUUACCAGUGCAAAAUGUGCCCAGCCCGGUUUACUCAGUUCAUCCACCUGAAGCUCCACAAACGUCUCCACACUGGGGAGCGUCCAUACCGGUGUCCCUGCUGCCCCUGUGCCUACUUCCACCAGUGUAGCCUUCAGGUACAUCUUCGGGGCUUCUGCCCUCUCUCACCCUCUCCUCCGCACAAUCACUCCUCCGAGGAACUCCACAAGGUCAACUCAGAGAUCGAAAGGUUCGACCUGAGCGAAGCGGCCGAGCAGCUCGAAGCCAUGGCGGCAGAGGCCAAGAUGGACAAAAGGGAUGUGCUUGACCUCAUACAAAGGAUGGACAGUCGAACCUUCAACCAGCAGGACAGUGCUACGGGGGUCUCUGAACUCUUUGAUUCAGUAAAGAAAGUUUCAUUUAUGCAAAUUCUCCACGGAUCUCAUCUACCUCUGCAUCCCAGCACCAUCAAGCGGGAGUCAGGCUGCAUGUCAGAGUCUGAAGACGGCUUUGGUAAUCCAGCCAUAUAAUCCUUACAGGUCAACUCAGCAGCUGUCUGGUUAUGCCCCAUCUGAGGUAAAGCCUCAUCUAUAAAGAACUCUUGCACGUGAAGAAUUGAGACUCCACCAGCACAGCCUGGCACUCUGUUAGUUUCAUGUAUAUAAUGUUACUAAUUUAUUAAAUUGUUCACAUUCAUCUGUAUAAACAGGGUUUUGACAUUAGACAUCACUGUAUUCUUAUGUCAGCCAAAUGUGCGGUUUUGCAUAAAGACAGCUUUUAUUCUUUGCUGUUACAAAAUAAGAUGUGUGUGUUAUGUCUUCCAAUUAAAGAUAAAAAUAAAGCAUAAGUAUGACUGUGAAGAGGAAGCCUCCAUUGUUUUUGAAGUAGUGGCCUUUUGUGAAAAAGCUCUGUUGACGUACGGGGUAGUAGACAUAGAUAAACUUCCUGUUAUGGGCUGAACAGACAUAUGUACAACAUGCGUCAAACCUUGAGCAGGGCUGGCCCAGGCCAUUUGGGGGCCCUAAGCAAAAUAAUGCCAAGGGGCCCAUAUUUUUGGCCCACCAUUUCGUCACAGUGUACUGUGAAACCCAUA